GAUUUUUGCAGGUGUUGGGGUGAGGCCGUGAGGGUGACAGAGGAGUGUGUUGUGACGGCAGCCGGCCGGUGUUUACAUCAGCCUCGUGGGGAAACCGUCACGUAUAACAGCCUGUCAUAAGGGCGAGUCCCCAGUGUUUCCUCUAGCACCCAGUCUAAGAUGUCUCGUAAAAAACUGGAAGACCUGUUGUCCAUAGAGUCAUUAAUUCAGAAACAGUGGGAUGAGGCAAAAAUCUUCGAGGAGGAUGCCCCAACAGAAGGAGGAUGCAGUGGCAAGGAGACGUUCAUGGCAACAUUCCCUUACCCUUAUAUGAAUGGCCGCCUCCACUUGGGGCACACAUUCUCUCUCAGCAAAUGUGAGUUUGCUGUUGGGUACCAACGCAUGAAAGGGAAAAAAUGCCUGUUUCCCUUUGGACUCCACUGUACAGGCAUGCCAAUAAAAGCUAGUGCCGACAAGCUGAAAAGAGAACUUGCUGACUUUGGCUGCCCACCUAGCUUUCCUGAAGACAAUGAUGAUGACAAGCAGGUUACACAGCCUCAGGAGGUAACUCUUAAAGACAAAGCUAAGGGUAAAAAGAGUAAAGUUGCUGCCAAAACUGGAGGCAUUAAAUACCAGUGGCAGAUUAUGCAAAGUCUAGGGAUUGAAGAUGAGGAGAUUCAAAAGUUUACUGAUGAAGAUUACUGGCUGAAGUAUUUUCCCCCUCAUUGUGUAAAGGAUCUGAAAAGAGUAGGACUCCACACAGAUUGGAGGAGGUCUUUCAUUACAACAGAUAGAAACCUCUUUUACGACUCCUUUGUUCGAUGGCAGUUCAUUCGUCUUAAAGAGAGAGGAAAGAUCCAGUUUGGAAAAAGGUAUACAAUAUAUUCUCCAAAGGAUGGUCAACCAUGCAUGGAUCAUGAUCGGUCAUCGGGAGAAGGUGUAGGUCCACAAGAGUACACGCUUGUCAAGAUGAGAGUUCAAGAACUCUCAGGAAAGUUAGCAGCCUUGGCUCCAAAGCCAGUGUUCCUAGUAGCUGCUACUCUGAGACCAGAGACGAUGUAUGGACAAACCAACUGUUGGCUUGGACCAGACUUGACAUACAUAGCUGUGGAAACAAAUGAGGGCGAAGUUGUUUUGUGUACACGCAGAGCAGCAAGGAAUAUGGCUUUCCAAGGUAUGUUAAGUGUAGAAAAUGAGGUGAAGCCAAUAUUGGAAGUUAAGGGCCUUGAACUAAUGGGGACAAAACUUAAUGCACCCCUUACCAGUUAUAAGACUAUCUAUACCUUACCCAUGCUGACAGUGAAGGAAGAGAAAGGCACAGGAGUUGUAACUUCUGUACCAUCUGAUGCUCCUGAUGAUUUUGCAGCACUUGUGGACCUUAAGAAUAAACCAGCACUGCGUGAGAAGUAUGGCAUUACUGAAGAAAUGGUAAAUGUAGAGCCACUCCCAAUUAUUGAUGUACCAGAGUAUGGUUCCCUAAGUGCUCCAUCAGUUUGUCAAAUGAUGGGAAUCAAGUCUCAGAAUGACCGUGACAAAUUGCUUGAAGCAAAGGAAAAAGUUUACCUUCGUGGUUUUUAUGACGGUACACUUUUAGUUGGCGAGUUUAAAGGGCAAAAGGUGCAAAAUAUAAAAAAGGAUAUACAGGAGAUGCUAGUGAAAAAGAAGGAAGCCAUGAUAUAUCAAGAGCCUGAGAAGCAGAUUAUUUCCCGAUCAGGGGAUGAGUGUGUGGUGGCACUCUGCGAUCAAUGGUACCUGGACUAUGGUGAAUCAAAAUGGAGAGCCGAAACCCAGAAGAACCUUGAUACCCUUGAGACCUAUCAUGAAGAAGUUCGCCGUAAUUUUGAGGCCACUCUUGAUUGGUUGAAAGGUCAUGCUUGUUCUCGAACUUAUGGUCUUGGAACUCGCCUACCUUGGGACGAAUCGUGGUUAAUAGAAUCGCUUUCUGAUUCUACAAUCUAUAUGGCUUAUUACACUGUCUGUCAUAUUUUGCAUAAAGAUGUUUAUGGUUUGGUGUAUGGCGAGUAUGGCAUCAGAGCUGAGGAAAUGACCCCAGAAGUAUGGGACUAUGUAUUUUACCAAACUAAUAAUGCACCAGAAACGAGUAUCAGGAAGGAAGCUUUAGAUAAAAUGCGUUGUGAGUUCGGUUACUGGUAUCCAGUGGAUUUGCGAGCUUCAGGCAAAGAUCUGGUACCAAACCAUUUAACAUAUUACUUAUACAAUCACACUGCAAUCUGGCCUACUCAACCUGAUAAAUGGCCUAAAGGAGUUCGUGCUAAUGGUCACCUUCUACUGAAUUCUGAAAAAAUGUCAAAAUCAACCGGCAAUUUCAUGACCCUUUCUGAUGCGCUUGACAACUAUGGGGCAGAUGGCAUGCGCCUUGCACUGGCUAAUUCAGGAGACUCUGUAGAGGAUGCAAACUUUGAAACUCAAUUUGCUGACUCUGGCAUACUUCGACUUUGGACAUUUGUUGAAUUGGCAAAAGAACUUCUGGCAGAGAAAAGUUCCAUGCGUACCGGGCCAACUACAUCAGUAAAUGAUAAGAUGUUUACAUCAGAGAUGAAUUUAAAAAUAAGAGAAACUGAGGACUACUAUAAAACGAUGAUGUUCAAGGAAGCUCUGCGCACUGGAUUUUUUGAGUAUAGUAAUUUGUUUCACCAAUAUCGGGAACGAGCACAAGUUCAGACUGGUUUACAUUGGGAUCUUGUACAUCGUUACCUCACUACGCAAGUAUUGCUGCUGGCUCCCAUUUGCCCCCACACAUGUGACUACAUUUGGCAAAAAAUUCUAGGUAACACAAGCUCUAUUCUUCAUGCAAGUUGGCCAACAGCCGAGGAACCAGAUAUUGUACUUGUUAAAGCUUCAGAGUAUCUUGCAGAUGCCUCUCAUCGUUUCCGACUACGUCUCAAGGCUCAUGCAAGUCCUGGCAAAGCUAAAAAGGGUGAAAAUCUUACCCCACCACAACCACCAUCACAUGGUACCAUAUGGAUUGCAAAGACUUUUCCCAAGUGGCAAAGUAUUAUUUUAACAACAAUGCAAGAUUUGUACAAAGCCAACAAUAAUUGCCUACCAGAUAACAAGGAAUUAUCAAAGUCACUGGGAAGCAACCCAUCUCUCAAAAAGUACAUGAAGAAAGCUAUGCCUUUUGCUCAAGCAGUAAGGGAAAGAAUGAACACAUUAGGGGAAAAUGCCCUUAAAGACACUGUGGACUUUGAUGAACGUAGCAUUUUGGAAGAGAAUAUCGACUAUCUACGUGGCACUUUAGAUCUGGAAGGUCUUCAAAUGUGUUGGACAGAGGAAUGUGACAAUGAACGCACUCAGGAGGAGGUGGUUCCUGGAGAGCCUUACCUGACCCUUUCUACAGCCCCUUCUAUUUUCUUAUCCUUAAUUAAUCCUCAACCCCAUGUUGGACUUUUUCAUUGUCAGCUGCCAAUCUACGAGAAAGACACAGUAGCUUCUAUGUCGGCUCGUCUGAAGAGACGAGAGCGUUUAGUAAAGCCAACUAUGAAAGUAAGUUUUCAUCGAUACAAAGACCCAAUAUUUGGACCACGUAUAAUCCCGAAUCUAGCUAAUCCUCUUCAAGACACUGAAGAACUGAAUGAGGAGAUUGUACUAACACUGAAAGAUAACAAUAUACAUUUUAUAUCAAAUGGUACUUCAGCAUUUGUAGGAACUAGAAUUUUGUAUAUAGUUCAGUAAAUAUAAAAUUAAACAAGUGUUGUUUUCAAAAUGCCCACAAAUUUGGCCAGGCUUUGACAACAGCCUGCUACUGGGAAUGCUAUUACAACUACUGUACCAACUAUCACCUGACCGUAAGUCAAGAGUUGAAAUCUCGGUAGAACUACUGUAUUGUAUAUUAAUUAUUUCACACAUUGUAAACUCAAUGGUUUAUUUUAAUUAUUACCAAUGACUGAUAAAUGCUGUGUAGGUUUCAGUGUAUACUUGAAAAAUGCUUUGGUUGCUGUUCAUGGGCCAAACGUAUUUAAACACUCCUAUUAGUUUUUUGUCCAUGAACCUGUUUAGAUAUUAACAGUUGUAUAAUUAAUAUACAUGUUCUGUACUGUACCAUACAUGUCUUAACUAAGUAGAGAAUCCCAAAACUAA